UUUUUUAUAGUUUACAAUUUUCUGACCCGUUAUUCAUUAUUAAAAAAUUUAAAGUUUGUGUUAAUCUUUUCUUUAUAAUAUUAAUUAUAAGUACGAGUGUACAACUUUUUUACCAAUUGUAUUACUGUUUUGAUUAAACAAUAUUUGUUAUGGAUCAUUAUUGCAAAAAAUGUAUUCAAUACUGUUCAUUAAGUGUACUUACCUACUCAAAAUUUACGUCUUCAGCUCAGUUCAUCUAAAAUAAAUAAAAUGAACCCAGAAACCGAGAUUAUGAAUCAAAAAAAAGUUACUCGUCAUACUAUACUUCAUGCGUUGUACGAUCGGGAAAUAAACGGCAUUAAGACACGCAUGAAUUGUAUCAAAUCUACUUACCAAGUCAUAAAUCCCAAUUGUACAAUUAUAAACGUUGAGAAACCUCCUUGUUUUCUAAGAAAAUUCACUCCUGAUGGUCGCCACUUCAUAGCUUUCUCUCAAGACCAAUUGUACAUUGAGGUCUAUGCAUAUUUAGGAUGUUCAAUGGCGGCUAAGUUGCUAAAGAACUAUGAAGAAAAUUGUAUUGGUCAAGACAACAAUGGUGAUGUUGCUCGCAAGAGAAUAUUUGAAAGUCUUUUUCAACUGAAAUAUCGAAUAUUAGUAGCAGCGGAAGGAGAACAAUUAAAUAGAGAAUGCAGUUUAUUCACAGAAAAUAGUUCCUAUGCUGUUUUGGGUUCUGUAGGACCUAUUCCUCGAAAUGUAAUGCUUGAAUAUAAUGACGUUUUCACUAAUAAUGAAGCAGUGACUCCUAAUCUAUUAUUGCCCUUAGAAAAUUAUACUAUUCAUUUAAUUAAUAUAAAAAAAGGGGCUGUUAGUCAACGCUUACACUUCAAGGCCGAUAAAAUAUCUUUAUCUCAUAACCAAGGCGUUUACCUGUUAAAAGAUGUACUUGCAAUUUUAUCUGUUCAACAUCAAAUAAUUCAUGUUUACAACCUUAUCCAAAACCGUUUUCAUCUAUUGAGAAAAAUUGGUCGAUUUUGUUUUGAAAAUGAUCUUGCGUUCAUUUCAUCUGUGCACACAGAUAUAAUUGCAGAAGAUUAUAAAACUCGUAAUGAAUCUUUUACCAAUGGAUUAAAAAACAAGCUAAUGGUGUUUUUGUAUAAAAAAGCUGAACGUGAAUCAGAGGUAGCUAAAACACAAUACCCUCUUAGGAGAUUUUAUCAAUAUUACGAUCAAUUUAUGUCAUUACGAAUGUGGAAAAUGCAGUUAUUAGAUGUAGACAAUAUGAUAAUAAGAUAUGCAUCAGAAGAUGUGGUCACUGCUAAAAUUCAGGAACCAAGUACACAAGCAUCAUAUUUUAUGAUUUACAAUAUGACUACAGCUGUGGUUUUAAAUGUUUAUGAAAAUACAUCUAGUGAUUUAUUACGUGGAUAUGAGUAUUUUUGUGAUAAUUUUCGUAAUCCUUAUCUGAACCCAGAUGGAUUUAUGCCGUGUUCACCAUCAAAUAAUAUAUAUUCACGGGAUUCCCAUGAAAAAUUUAAAAAUACAAUGCUAAAUGCUAGAUUUGGUGGCACAAUGGAAGCAAACAAACGAAUAUUGGGACAAUUGCCAAUAGCAGCACAAUCAUUUUCCUGCUCCCCAUAUUUGGAUACUUCCCUUUAUAGUUAUGAUGAAAAGUGGGUGUCACCAAUGGAAAGACCUAAAGUAGUUGGUGAAUAUCCAAUAAGGUUCUAUUCAAGGGAAUCGGGAACACUAAGCUUUUAUCUGUAUACUAGUGUAUCAAGAAAUAGACCAACGCAAGACCGCAGAAGGCUGGUAGCAUUUACAUUCCAUCCUACAGAUCCUUUUGCUAUUAGCGUACAGAGGGAUAAUUUAGAGUAUAUUGUUAAUUUUCAUAUACGAAAGGUGUACUUGCCUGAGUAAUGCUAAUUUGAAAAUGUUGACUACUUCGAUUGUCGUUUGGAUCAUAUAAUAUAACAUUUUAUAAGCAGAGCUCAUAAAAGUAAAUAUCUAGAAUGGAAAAUCUCUAGACUUUGUAUUUUGAAUAAUUUUAUCAGUUAUUUAACCUUAUAAUUUAUAAUAUUAAAAAAAUGAUUUGAGAUAUGUAUAGAUAAUGUUACAAGUAUAAUAAACUUUUUUAAUUUUACAUGAGAUCAUGAUUUAAAUUUUUAGGAAAUGUAAUAAAGGUUCAGUAUAAAUUGAAAAAAAAUAAACACAAAUAUGAUAAACUAUUAUUACAUUAUUUGAUCAGAUUCAAUAAUUUCCAAUUUGGAAUUCUUUCUAUCGUGUUUCAAAGUCCAAACAAUUUUGUUGUAGAAUUUUCUCUUAUUCUUUUUGACAAUUUACAUUCUACAUAAUCAGUUAACGACUAAAAAAAAGUCAUUAAAAGAAAAAAUUCAAUAUUAUUAUGAUUAAUUCUUUAAUGAAUGAUUAUAAUAUUGUUGUUUAACGCAUGUGGCCAGUGGCGUAGCUAGAAGGGGAUUUUGGUAUUUAACCCCCCCCCCCCCCUUGACAUUUUUUUCACCUAAUAAAUGUAUUAUUUAUAAACAAAAACCGUAGUCAAACUGAUUCAAGAUGUAUGGAAUCAACUGUAUUCGUUUUGGUAUAGUGGAUUCUUCCUGUCGUUGCAAAAAUUGAAAAGUUGAUAAUUCUAAUGUUGAAUUAAUUGAUAUUGUAACAUCAUUCCAACAUAAGCAAUAAAGUUAACUGAGUUUU